AUGCCGCCAUAUCUCCUCGCCGCACGUCUCAUUGCAGUUCUUGCCGGCGCCGCGUCUGUCGGUGCGACACCUGUCAAUUCUAACUCCACCAUCAGCAGCGACCUCUCUGGCCGUGACUCCAUGAUUGCGACCGCAGAGCUUCCUGCACCAGGAUCGAAGUAUCGCCUGGUAUCCGAGCAGCAAGCCACCGCCGCACCUGGAACAUGCUCGCAAGACAUCACUCUCAUCAACGAGUGCGCCGGAGGCUCUCGCGGCGAAUGCCAGGGCACCGUGACGGCUUACAUCUACGGCUUGGUUUCAGUCCACGCAGGCUGGACUUUCAUGCGCCCAGACAGCCAGUUCUUCCCGCUGGGGGCUGAAGUACAAGAAGUCCCGCAGGACCAAGUCGCUAUUCGCAUUCCAGAGGGAGGAAGAGUCGAUAUUCGUCUGCCUGACUGCAUGUCAAGCGGUCGUAUCGUCUCAGUCGCCAACGGCGAUGCAUUGCACUUCUCCGGCAGCAAAGGGGAAGUCCGAGCACCCUCGGAGGUCAAUCCCUCGGAGCCCAGUCAUGACAGCUUCUGGUCCUUCAUGGAGCUCACACUGGAUCCGAAUGACGGCUUAACCGUGAAUCCAUCUCAGGUAGACUCGGCCGGAAUUCCUGUUGCUGUGGAACUGGAGCACUUCGACGGCGACCGUGAUCCUGUAGUCACUGGAGGUAUGAAGGCGGAUGCAGUCGCCACAAUCUGCGAGAAGUUGGCAACGCAAGCGCUGGCAGAUGGGCAACCGUGGGACAAGCUGUGCCACCGGAGCAACACAACUGGCGCUUAUGUCCGAGCUUCCUCACCGAUGAUGUACAUCAACGGUGGUAACCCGACAGCCUUCCAGGACUACUACGAGCCAUAUAUUGACCAAGUCUGGGAGCAGUAUCGCAACCAGGAUCUCGUCUUCGAUGUUGGAAGCUCCGGCAACCACACAUUCCGGGUCGGCCCAGACGACCAGCUCCGUUCUGUCAACAGCACCGUCUCGUUCUCGAAGCCAUGCACUCGAGACAUCUUCACCUGCGCCACGGGUCCUUUCACCGAGAACGGAGACCCGUUUCAUAACCAGAUUGUUGCCCGGUUAUGUGCUGCCUUCGUUCGAAGCACAAUUCAUACUGGCCAUGUCCAGCCCAGCGAUGCGCUCCCACACAAGCGUUACUACCAGGGGAACCCCAGCAACCAUUAUGCAAAGUUCGUGCACGAAGUCAGCAAAAAUGGCAAGGGUUAUGCUUUUCCAGUGGACUGGGUGGACGGACCAAGCGUAGCAGACAAGGACAUGCCGCAUGGGCAGAUCACCAUCAAGAACCCCGGAAGACUGACAGUGACCAUCGGUGGUUGGAGGUAG